ACCUCUACUCUCCUCCCAAUUAGCUUCCUUUCUGUUUCCUGUCUGUCAGCUGUACUAAACAUUACCUGACACAUUAUCGCUCACAGAGAUGGUUCAGGGUUCCAGAUGCUAAUAUCUUCAGAGGGUUGCUGUGGAAGUGCUUUUUCUUUUCUUUUAAUCCAAAGUAGGAUUGGGCUUUUUUCCAAACCACUGGUAUGCAGUGUUCAGAGCACGGAUUCCAGAGCCAUGCUUUGUCUGUCACUUUGCUCUCAGUUUGUUCGCUUUUGCUAAGUGGUUUCUCAAAUUUGCCAGAAAAUAUAGCAGCAGCUCCAAAGGCAGACUAAUCUCACUCAGUGUUUGAGUGUUUGUUGUAAUAAUGGUACACACCCAACAUUUGCUACAUUCUGGUCUAUUAAACCUGGUACAGCCACCCAUAUAUUUCUAUACUCGUUUGUUGGGCUGUGUCUCUCACAUUGUUUUACGUUACUGUAUUCACUGUGAUGAACUAAAUAUCAAAACCCUACCCCAAUGCACGGUUUGAACAACAAGACCAACUUGCUUGUGACUCAUUAAGUGUAGCAAUAGAAUUUUUCCACUUUGUUUAGAGAGGAAGAUUUGGGAACCUGGUCUGUGUGUAGCUGCUGCGUAUGGCAGAUGCUGAUGCAAACAAAGUUUUUAUACCUGCUGUAAUACAAGCAAAGCUAAAUCUAUUGGAGUAUGCAAAUGUUAUAUGUUCACACUAAAAGCCUCGAGCAUUAAACACACUGGCUGAACCUCCUUUUUUAAGUUUAGUAACAGGUGAUUUGCAAAAUCUUUAAAUGUUAAACUUGACUUUUUGGCCAUCUGUUUUAGCAAACUGACUCAGCUAAUCUGAAACACUUCAGUUUGUCCCGUCUCUACCUUUGAAUACACUCCAACCUCAGCAUCUUGGAUUGCAGCUGCUGAUUUUAUUCCUUGUUCUGCUCUGCAGCCUUCAUGAGGGUCGUGCAGAUUCAGGUAAAGCGACCCUCGUGCUCACAGCAGAGCUCAAGACUAGAACAGAAUCCACUGACCCCAGCUGCUAUCAAGGGUGGUAGAUUUGGAGAAUCCUCUGACAUGAUAUUGAGGACAACCACAACAGCAACAUGGCCACCAACCAGUUGCAUCCAUAAAGAAACUCCAGGAACAGAAUGACUCUCAUCAGGUCAGCAGAGCCAAAAUGGCGGAGGGGAUGGCUUUAGCGCUGGAGAAAAAAGAUCAGGAGUGGAUGGAGAAAAUGGCCAAUUCAGACAAAGAGAAGGCUGCCCUGUCAGCUCGGCUAGAGGAGAUGAUGGAACAAAGCUUAGCACUCUUUCAAAAAAGGGACGACCUGGAUGAACUGGAGGGCUUUCAGCAGCAGGAGCUCGCUAAAGUUAAACACAUGUUGCUGAGGAAGGAAGAACUGCUGAGCCAGCAAGAGCGGGAACUUCAGCAUAAGGAGGCUGACAUUCAGUCGGCAAAGCGAGGGCUGGCCGAGGCUCGGGGGAAGCUCCAGACUCUGGAACGGCAGCACGAGGAGAGCUGCAGACUCAACUCUGAGCUGGAGAUAGAGCGAGAAGAGCUGCUGCUGCUCAGAGAGGAGGCUGACAAGAAGGUCGGCGAGCUAGAGGGACGAUGCCAGGAGCUGCAGUCAGUCAUCCAGCAGGUCUCUGAAGACUUCCAGAAGUCACAGAGUAUGGUUUCCACGUUGGAGAAGUCCCUCCAUGAAUUACAGACAGAACAUGAUGCUCUGAAGCUGCAGCAGCAAAAGGCGGCUGUGACGGUGGAGGACAAGGAGCGCUUGUUGGUGGAGCUUCAGAAGAAGGCAACAUCGUUGGAGAGACGACUGCAGGGGAACCUGAGCCAGGAUGAGCACCUACAGGAGCUGCUGCAGGAGAAGUCUAGUCUGGAGCAAAGUCUGGACGGGACGAGAGCAGAGCUGCUGGCUGUCCGGACAGACCACGCUGAUGCCGUCAGCUCUCUGGAGGCUCAGGUGUCGAGGAUGAGUGUCACUAUUACUGAGCUGCAGACUCUUCUGCGACACAAAGACGACUCGUCCAGGGCCUACAGAGAGAGGACAGACACACAAAUUGCUCAGCUGGAGCAGCAGGUUGUAGAGAGCAGUGAGAGGCUGAGCAGUGCACAGCAGCAGAUCGCAGAGAAGCAGCAGAACAUGGAGAAACUGGAGGGAGAGCGGAGUGCAGAGAAAGCCUUUCUGGACCAGCAGCUGUCUUUGUUGGAGCAGCAGAGUCGGGAGAAGAUGAGCCGACUGGAGGACUGUGUCGCCUCUUUACAGAAGGACAAACAGACACUACAGACCCGGCUGGCUGAUCUGGACAAGCAGAUGAAUGAGGUGGACUCUGCUCUGAAGCAGCGGACAGAGGAACUGGAGCAGUGCAGGGUGGAGCUAAACAGCCGACAGACGCUGAGCACAGAAAUCGCCAAAGCUCUGGAAGAAACCAGACGACAGAAGGAGGGCCUGCAAACACAGGUUGCAGAGCUGAGUGCGGCUCUACAGAGCUCACAGCAGGAAGUGACCGCUGUCACUGAGAAGCUAGCACUCAGAGAGGAGGACAUCAGAUCCCUGCAGAAUGAGGUGCAGGGGCGACAGGCAUCCCUGGUGGAGGUGCAGGAGGAGGCUGAGCGGCUGAGAGCCCAGCUGGAGCAGGUGCAGCUGGACAAAGACUCCCAGGUCACCAGCCUGAAGGAGGAGCUGCUCACACAGACUCAGCAGCUGGACAGCUGCCAGGCUCGGAUCUCCUACCUGGAAGUGGAGGUGGAAACCCUGACCGAGCAGCUCCACAGUCAUAGUGUAGUCUGUGAGGAGGAUCAGAACGGCAGCGUGACCGUGGAUGACCUGGAUCACAUCCAGAAAGUCAACAGAGAGCUGGAGCAAGAGCUCAGCGACAAGAACAGGACCAUAAAGCAGCUGCAGCAGAGACUGGCAGAACUGAAGAGGACUUUGCAGAAAGAACUGAAAUUAAAACCUGAGUCAGAAGCUGAAGGGAGGGAGAAGCUACCUGAAAGCAGAGCAGAAAAACCGGAGAGGGUUUGUCCUGACCCUGCACCUGCAUCCACCCCGAGUCCCCCGACCUCCAACACCACAGUGACCAACACCUCGGACCUCAAUGACUCAAGAGAAAUUAAUUUUGAGUAUCUCAAGCACGUCGUCCUCAAGUUCAUGUCAUCCAGAGAGGCAGAGGCAUACCAGCUGAUAAGAGCUGUAUCUGUGCUGCUGAACUUCACUCGAGAAGAAGAGGACAUGCUGAAGCAAACUCUGGAGUACAAGAUGUCCUGGUUUGGAUCGAAGCCUUCUCCAAAGGGAAUCGUCCGCCCUUCUAUCUCAGGAUCAGCUCAUUGGAGCUGAUUUUACAGCAGAAAGAGCUGAAGUGAUGGAGAGACUGAGAAAAAGACAGAGCACCUCCUUCCUGUCUAGCUCCCAUCACUGAGCAGGACUCCAGCCUCCCAGUUUUUCCCUGGCUCUGUGGGAGGUACUGAUGUGAGGACAGAGGGGCUGCGCAUCAUCAUUUAGGGACGAAGGCUUACUCAUAAUCAGUGGUGAUUUUUAAAAUGACGUUUUUGAUUUUUCUUCAAUCAUAUGACACUAAUCUGAUGGGUUUUUGUCAGCAAAAAGUGAGUUACUAUGUGAGACAUCACACAGGAGUAACGCUCUGUUGUUUUUGGGGUUAACUUGUUGUUUAUCACUUCAUUUUAAAUCAGAGGGCUUAUUUAAUGAAAACGGGUCAUUUUACUGACCCGUACAGUUGGCUUUAGUAUCAAUGAGUCUAUUUAAUGGUAUAUAAAUGGUUCACACUGGUGUCAGAGGACCAGCUGUUCUCACAUUGAAGAAUGCUGCAUUGGAAUCUGAAAGUCUUCUGUGGGUCACACAAACCUUUGAUUACAUCUUUAAUCAACACAGUGUCGUUCGUCCCCGAGCAGAGCAAACCUGGGCCCAGGUGUUUGGGUUCAAUGGAUUCAUUUUGCUUCUCCUGCUGUCGAUCCUCCAUUAAUAGUUCUUCUUCCAUUUCUCUGCCACUGAUGAGGUUUUCGGUCAACUGAGUCACCCAGAGACCGAGAGAAAUAAAACCCAACCAGUUCAAAAAUUGGUCAAUAUAGAAAUCUCUCUAAUUAAUCAAUACUUUUAUUUUAUUUAUUUUUAAUUUGAUUUUAAUAAUUUGUUGAACAUUUUUAAUGACAAACUUUAAAGGUGAAUUAAAUGACCUGUGGUCCACCUGCAGUACCUGCUUUGCUGUCUAGGCUGCAACUAACCACACUCUGGGACGCAACAAUCAAAGAAAUCAAGGCUGUGAUUAAUGUCCAAUAUGAUCAUCAUAAUCCAACAUUUUCCUAAUAGAUGGCAAUGCUGACCUUUCUCCAGCUUCCAUGCAUGUUGAACUGUAGUUGCUCUCUGUACUGUGGUGGAUUAAAGAUGUAAGAUCACCCGUGUAAUACCAAUAUGUGCCACAGUGUGGUGCAGUCACAUUCUGAUUCGCAGAGGCAGCCCGGGAAAGAAGACUGAUGUGAAAGCUGUUUGAUACUCUGAGUCUGAUCUCCACGCGCUGUUUUUCUUUUGCUCUCUCC